GAUGGCAAAAAGUUUGUUCUUGGAAUUGAGACGAGUUGUGAUGAUACUGGUGCAGCAGUUGUUGAUGAGAAUGGCAGUGUCAUGGGAGAAGCAAUACAUAAUCAAACUAAAACUCAUGUUCAGAUGGGAGGAAUAAUUCCUCCUCUGGCUCGAGAUCUCCAUGUGCAAAAUAUCAAAGGUGUAGUAGAUACGGCUAUGGAGAGAGCUGGAAUGACAUUAGAGGAUCUCGAUGCAAUAGCAGCAACAGUCAAACCAGGCUUACUGCCUUCACUUCGAGUUGGCCUCAAUCAUGCAAGGGAACUUGUUCGAGAGUCUCGGAAACCUUUCAUCCCCAUUCAUCACAUGGAAGCACAUGCUCUAACAGUCCGAAUGAUAGAAAAUGUAGAGUUUCCAUUCCUUGUUCUCCUGAUCAGUGGUGGUCACUGCCUGCUUGCAGUAGCUCGAGGGGUGGAUGAUUUCCUCCUUCUGGGACAGAGUCUGGAUGACGCCCCUGGAGAUGCAUUCGAUAAGGUAGCAAGAAGACUCAAGUUGAGGAAUAUACCCGAAUUCGAAUCUGUCAGUGGUGGUCAAGCGAUAGAGACGCUUGCAAAACUCGGCAAUGUUGAAGCAGUUCCAUUUGUUGCUGUGAUGGGCCGGAAUAGAAACUGUGACUUCUCUUUUUCUGGCCUCAAGGCCAAGUAUAAGAGGUUAAUAGAAAGUGAGGAGAUCAGGCAAGGUGUUGCAGGAGGCUCUAUCCUUCCAAAUGCGGCCGACAUCUGUGCCUCAUUCCAAUUCCAUGUGCUCCACCAUCUCUCCAAAAGGCUGCAGAGGGCGCUGAUAUUCACAGAGAUGAAUGGUUACCUCCCAGUAGAAAAGACACUGGUUGUGUCGGGUGGGGUAGCCAGUAAUGGUUUUCUGAGACAGGGUCUUGAGAAGAUGUGUAGUCAUUACAACUGUCGUCUUGUCUGUCCUCCACCUAAACUAUGUACAGACAACGGCAUAAUGAUUGCAUGGAAUGGUAUGGAGAAGUUAAAACUCGGUAUCGGAAUGCAAGAUAUCGACUCAGUGGAUGUUCUAGGAAAGUCACAACUUGGGGAGGACAUUUCGCACGAAGUUGAAAAAGCUACGAUAAAAUUACGUUCUGUGAAGUUAUUAUGACAACAAGAAAUGAUUCAGGAAAGAAACUUUUCAUAGACUUCUAUUGUAAUAAAAGUUAUAUCAAGUUUAUGUGAGAACAUAUUUUCUAGUUGCCCAUUCUUGGUCUUGUGCAUGCCCCUCCUCCUUGCAUCUUGAUUGGGUAAUGCUGAUGAUAACACCCCACGCAUUUUACAGUGAACCAUCAUAAAAUUUAGGUUUCACUAGGUUAAAUUCGUUAUAACCAUGUGUCACAUUUUUCUGAGACACCCAGUAUACACUGGUCUAUGGUUGAAUUUUAGUUCCUCCAUAAUCUGAUAGAUGGCCAUGUCACUGUUUGUCACAUGUCAAUCAUGUGAUCCA